GCUCUAUGCCACUCCCUUCCAGGUGAAGAGGUUACGGAGAGAUCCUUCCUUCGCGCCGCUUACCUGUGAAACAAACGGAAACACUUCUAUAGUCUUAAUGCAGACGGCUGCUGUUUUCAAAUAAGACAAUCCAACGAGCAAAGGUACCUGUAAAAACAGCUUGACGAUGGAGGCAGCGCCGGACGGUCUCGGGCGCUGUUCUUGCGCGUUCUGGCUCGCGGUGGCUUUCGACGUUCUUGGUCUCAUCAUAUUAUUACUCGGCGUGUUUGGAGACUUAUUCUUCUACGACUUCUUGAUAUAUGCAGGAGCCAUCAUUAUUUUCAUGAGUCUCAUUUGGUGGGUUUUCUGGUACACGGGUAAUAUUGAGGUGCCCCCCGAGGAGCUUGAGGACGAUGUGGGUUUGCUGAAGAAGGGCAGAGGUUUGGCAGGGGUUGUCCGGAGGUUCUCCAGCCGCGUCUCGAGCGGAAUGCGAAACUCUUUCAGGAGAAACGGGGGACCCCGCGGGCAAGGUGCGGUGUCAGGUCAAGCAAAGCACAGAAGAGAUGGCAGUCAGGUACCAGUGGCCUUUGCAAUGACCUCUCAGGAUAAUGUGAGCACUGUGACUGCGACAGUGAGCGGAGGAGACACUCUCAGAACAGAAACACAGGCCAUAUGAACAAUCACGUACAGGUUACAGAAGAGGAUAUUCAACCAUAUGGCACUACCUAAGCAGAUUUUUGUUUUUCUCUCCUGUUGAAAUAUUAAUUUUUUUAGACUUUGGUGUUUUUAUUAAAAAUGUUUACAAUUGAAUUACGUUUUGUACUAUGUUGAUUUGAUUGAUUUUGUGUUUCGUGCUUUGUACUAUACACUAUUUUGAGAUUAUGCACUGACAAGAAUGACUGUAUGACAAAAUAAAUACAAUUAUGUAUUUUCCUACAUUUAAUAGUCUGUUUUAUAUGUGAGUUUCGACCAACGGGAUUGUAACCCAGACAUGUUUAGUGUCCUGCCUUUUUCGAAUCUCAUCUCUACUGUACAACCUUUGGACAUUGAGAAGUGUUAUUAGGUUUGCCUCCUCUUAUCUUUGUUUGUUCACACCAGUUUAGAAGCAGCAGUGUAAAUGAACCGGAUGGGUGGCAGACGCUUUGACAGUUAACUCAGUGACAGUGUCCUUUUUUAUUCACAUCCGUUUUCUAGAUAUUUAUAUGCAGCUUUCAGGUGGAUCACAGGUGCCUUUUAUGCAGUUUCAGAUGCAUCCAUACAUUGACCCAAUUUUUUUUUUUUUUUUUUAAACUAUUUCACAAUUAAGUUAACCAAAGAAUCUGGAAAAGAUAAUUUACUGUAAAAGAUCAUUUGACUUAAGACUGUAUUGUUUAACAGGGCAAAUCUUUUGAAAGAACAUUUGUAUUGUGACAUUCUUUUCAUGACGAUACUAAAACAAAAUGUUCAAAUCCUAUGUGCCAGUGCUCUUCAAUAAAGAGUCCAUCAAUUAC